AUGGCAGCGCGGCACCUUCCCAUCAAGAAGGUCCCUUACUCUUCAGAUGGUUCCACCCGAGGGACGAUCCAGUCCUCACCCGGGUCACGGCCAACGACGCCUGGGGAGAUCAAGAGAGGCGUUUCGAGACCUAGUUCGUCUGCCAGCGGCAGAGGAGGAAGUACGGUUGGUGCCUCGCUACAUUUUCUCCCUCCCGAGCCUCCAAGGAGUGUGUCACCCACCUACCAGGUGCCUGGUGCUGUGAGUUCCCCCAUGGAAGCUGUACCGCCUCCUCCACCUGUGGAGCCGGUAGAGGAGGUCUUGGAGCAGGAGCACACGCUUGAUCACUUCCCGAGCCGGAACAAUCCAGCCGUGAACGAUCCUGCUCUGAACGUCACCAUAGGACAGAGGAACUUUGGCGACAUGGACAACUCCUCAGAUGAAGAGACACUCCCUCCAUACCCUGUAGCAGGUAGCUUCUCUUGCACGCGCGGUGUGAGCGGAGUGAAAAAGCUGAGCAUGUCAGACAGCAUGCUCUCAGCAGCGUGGGAACAAAGCUCCAUGCUUUUGGAGACGAUGAGCUCGCCUGCAGCAAUCCAUGGGACCACUGUCAAAUGGGUUCGUGGAGAGAAUCUGGGUCGAGGCUCCUUGGGAAACGUGAUCCAAGCGCUGGAUCAGAGCACUGGACAGCUCUUCGCUGUCAAAGAGGUCUUGAUCAACACAUCAGAUGCGGCAGAUGUUAAGUUCAAAGAAGCUUUGGAGAACGAAGUCCAGAUCUGUUCCAAGCUGAAGCAUCCCAGCAUUGUGAGCUACCUGGGCCAUGACUACAUAGGCAGUUGCCUUUACAUCUACUUGGAGUACAUGAUUGGUGGCUCCAUGGCCAGUGUUUUGCAGCAGUUCGGUGCAUUUGAGGAAAGCCUUACGGCCAGAUACACCAAAGACCUGCUCGAGGGCUUGGCUUAUUUGCAUACGCAGGAGCCACCUGUGCUUCACAGAGAUAUUAAAAGUGCUAACGUUUUGAUGGGACAUAGUGCCAACAGCACAGAAUUGUGUGCGAAACUAGCAGACUUCGGUUGUUCCAAGAGGACGGACGAAACCUUGUCGACGACGCUCAAGGGAUCGAUUCCCUGGAUGGCGCCCGAGGUAGUGAAGAAUGUGGGUUACGGAAGAAUGGCAGAUGUUUGGAGCUUCGGAUGUGUGGUUUUGGAGAUGGGCACUGCAAGAAGUAACCCUUGGGGGAAGUUUGACAAUCACAUGGCAGCGAUGUACAAGAUUGGCAUGUCCAAUGAGACGCCACCCGUUCCAGAGACUUUCUCCGACAUCUACCGAAGCUUUGUCCAUCGAUGUUUGCAGAGGGAUCCCGAUGAAAGGGAUUCAGCGGUGAGUCUGUUGCAGCAUGCUUUUGUUCAAGAUGUGUCUCAUUUUCAUGAUGAUGAUUAG